AUGGCCAAUGCGCCACCAACAACUAUCCUAGAUGAGGGUGUCGCUUCGGACGAGCCCGUGGGUUCCCCAGAGAUAAAAGUUAAGGAAGUUUCGGAGGUGAAGCUUGAGGAUAUCUUCGCCGGCGUGGAUUCUGACGAAGACGACGAUGAAGAAUUCCCUGGUCGCCCCGAGCGGGUAGACAGGGACCAGUCCAACUCCCCAGGCUCCCCACGUGAAGUCGGUUCGUCUGUAAAAGCCUCCGACCCCGCGCUGAUGCGCAGCUUCUACCAGCGCCUAUUCCCGUGGCGCUACUUGUUCCAGUGGCUCAACCAUAGCCCAACGCCGACGGACGACUUCAAGCACCGCGAGUUCGCUUUUACCCUGCGUAACGAUGCCUAUCUGCGAUAUCAGGCGUUUGCCUCUUCCGAUCUACUCCGAAAGGAUGUCCUCAGGCUCAUGCCAUCUCGCUUCGAAAUUGGCCCCGUGUACUCGGCUAAUCCCCGCGAUCGAAAGAUGUUUCAAGGCUCUGCGGCAUUCCGGCCCCUAUCCAAAGAACUGUGUUUCGAUAUCGAUCUGACUGACUACGACGAUGUCCGGACAUGCUGUGGCAAGGCCAACAUCUGCAAUAAGUGCUGGCAGUUCAUUACCAUGGCCAUCAAAGUUGUCGAUGUUGCACUACGAGACGAUUUCGGCUUCAAACACAUUCUAUGGGUCUAUUCGGGUCGAAGAGGUGCCCACGCCUGGGUCUGCGACAAGAAGGCAAGGACCAUGGAUGAUUUAAAGAGGAGGGUAAUUGCAGGCUAUCUUGAGGUCGUGCGCGGCGGCGCCCAGAGUGGCAAGAAGGUGAAUCUCCGGCGGCCGCUUCAUCCUCACCUGACGCGCAGUCUUGAUAUUCUCAAAGCCCACUUCCAAGACGAUGUUCUUGAGGCGCAGGAUCCUUGGAGGUCACCUGAGCAGUCUGAAAAGCUGCUGCAGCUCCUACCUGACAAGGAGUUGAUCGAGUCUCUGCGUAAGAAGUGGGACUCGUCACCGGAGCGCGCCUCAACAUCAAAGUGGGCCGACAUCGACGCAGUUGCAAAGGCUAGCACCAGCAAGAACUUUGAUUCGAAGGCCUUGCUUGACGCCAAGCAGGAUAUCGUCCUGGAGUAUACAUACCCAAGGCUUGAUAUCGAAGUCAGCAAGAAGCUUAACCAUCUGCUGAAGAGUCCGUUUGUUGUCCACCCGGGUACCGGCCGAGUCUGCGUACCCAUCGACACCCGUUCACUUGAAGACUUCGACCCUCUUGGGGUUCCCACUGUCCAAAGCUUGAUCCGAGAGAUAGAUGCGUGGACUGAGGAUUCAGACAAACAAAGCCAACAGGAUUGGGAGAAGACCAGUUUGAAACCAUACAUUGACUGUUUUAGAUCAUUUGUCAUGACGCUCAUGAAAGACGAGCGAGAUGUCAGGGUCAAACGAGAACAUGACGAGGACCAGCCUGAUUCGCUAGAAUUUUGA